CCCAUCCGUCUCCACCGAAAGUUUCAUGGGAUCAGGCCUCUCUAGCAGCCACCGGAGAAGCAGCGCCUCGCUUCACCAGCCGCCGCCGGCCGCGGCGCCGGCCCUGGUCGUCGCGGCCGACGGCUCGCUGCGGGAGUUCGCGCCGGCGGCCUCCCCCGUCUCCGCCUCCGACGUGCUCGGUGCCGGCAGCAAUGCGGCGGCGGACGGCUCCUUCGUGUGCAGCUCCGACGCGCUCUACUUCGACGCGGACGUGCCCGCGCUCGGCGCCGACGAGCUGCUCCGCCCGGGGCAGAUAUACUUCGUGCUCCCCGCCGGGAUGCUCGGCCGCCCGCUCUCGAGCGCCGACAUGGCCGCGCUCGCCGUGCGCGCGAGCGACGCGCUGGCGGCGAGGGCGCGGACGGCGCGUGCCGCUGGGACUGGGAGCAGUCAUGUGCGCGCGCGCCGCGGUGGCGGCGGCGGGUUCAUCGCCAGCAAUAAGGCGCGCGUCGUGCCGGCGCGCCACGCGGACGCCGACGAGGAGGUCAACGAGAAGCUGAACCAGAGGACCCUGGGGGGGUUCGAGACGGCGUCGCGGAGCCCGGCGAGAAGAGCCAAGGGACCCGCGGCGGCGACGCGGCCGCCGAUGAGGAGGGCGCUCAGCACCAUCAUGGAGGACAGUAGGACACCGUUUGAUUAAAAAAAGCAAUGGCUUUAAAGCGCGCGUAGCGGCUGAUUGAUAGGUUUAGUUUUUUCUUUGGAUUGAUUUCCAAUUUUUUGAAGAUAGGAUGUUGAAGAUUUAAAGAUAUGUAUGAUGAAGAGUUUGAAAGGGUAGGAAACAUUGUUGUCUGGUUUUCGUGUAUACUCGAUUACAAAGUGCAAUGAAACUUUGUUGCUCGACUUA